UAGUGGAUGCGCAGUAGCGAGUCAGCCCCGAGUCACUCCAUCCAUCAUGGCUACGGCCAGAAAGAAACAGGACGAAAAGAACCUCAAAAUUCUCCGCGAUCUCGCUUCUCAGCAGCACAACAAGAAAUGCUUCGACUGCGGUCAACGGGGACCCACAUAUGUGAAUAUGACGAUUGGAUCUUUUGUAUGCACCUCGUGCAGUGGUAUUUUACGGGGAUUGAAUCCUCCACAAAGAGUAAAGUCUAUAUCUAUGACGAGUUUUACUCCACAAGAAAUAGAAUAUCUUCAAGGAGCGGGGAAUGAGGUGUGUAAAAAGACCUGGCUUGGCUUAUGGAACUCUGCAAAUAACCCGGAACCUGAAUCAAGAGACGAACAGAAAGUGAAAGACUUUAUGAUUCAAAAAUAUGAACGGAGAAGAUGGUACAUUCCUCCUCAGCAGGCUUCCGCAGUGGCAUCAACCGCAGAAGCCAAACCUCUGAAGCAACUGCUUGGACAAGAUGCCCCCACUCUAGUGACAUCAGCAGCAUCCAGAGAAAGACCUCGUACGACCAGUCAGUCAAGUAUUCCAGGCGUGGCUCCCCCACCUUCCUCCCAGCCUGCACCUGCGCCUGCCCCACCCCAGCCUGCCCCAAAAGUGGACUUGCUAGCUGACCUGGGUGGCGAUCCAUUUGGCCAAUCACAAGGUGGAGGAGGUUUUGGGGCUUUCGGCCAGGCACCACAGACAGCCCAACAACAAGGUUUUGCAAGCUUUGAUGCUUUUGGCCAACAAUCUGCUGCACCUGUUCAGACUUCAUUUGGCCAGGCACCAGUUGCUCCUGUCCAGACAUCGUCGUUUGAUCCCUUUGGCUCAACUGCCCCCCAGCAAGCUUCCUCUGGCUUUGCAAACUUCAGCCAGCCUCAGCCAAUACAACAGCCAGCGGCUCAGUCACAACAUCAGGGAGGUGGUUUUGAUGCAUUUGGGGGCUCGUCAGGUUUUGAUGCCUUUGGGUCGUCCCCACCUUCCGGAGGAAUUCAACCAUCCAGUUCCCAAGGAGGAAUAUUUGGAUCCCCUCUAUCAGCGAGUAACAGCUUUGGACCAAUGAUCUCUUCUUCGUCAACUGCGCCCAUUUCUAGCAACCCCCCAGAGGAUAAGUACUCUGCUUUAAGUGCCCUUGACACCUUAUUUGGCCCAAGCAGUAACGCCGGCGGGACAGUAUCCAGCUCUAUGCCAAGUAGCACAGGAGGGGGCUCUGUGUUUGGAAGUAGCACUAGUUCAUCAUCUGGGAUGGCAUCGGGUCCUAACCCAUUUGCAAGUGCUGGAACCUCUAGUGGAUUCCCUCAGCAGCAGCCAGCUCAACCUUCAAACCCAUUCCAGGGACUAGGAAAUAUUGGAGGUUCAGGAGGUGGAGGGAUGGGUCAAAUGAAUGGGCCAGCAACAAGCAUGAACCCUGCUAGCAGCAUGUCUGGGGGUGGUUUAUCAAGCGGAGGGUUUGGCAGCUUUACACAGUCGCAGUCCAGUUCCAUGUUUGGACAACCAGUUCCCCCUCAGCAGUCUGGCUGGGGUGGGAUGCAGACCAGUGCGGCACCACAGCAGAAUCUAAGUUUUGGUGGCGCAGGGAUGACAGCUUUGGCUGCCAAUCAGUUUGGUAAAGUGCCACCUCAGAAUGCUCAAAUGGGACCACAGGGUGGUUUUGGACAGUUUGGAGGACAGGCCUCUUCUGGUAUGCAGCCUGGCCAGCAGGGAUUUGGUGCUCAGCAAGCUGUUGGGAUGCAGGGAGGAUUUGGGGGAAUGUCUCAAAUGGGUGGAGCUGGGCAGCCUCAAAUGCCGCCUACUAGUGCAAGUACCCAAUGGGGUGUUAGCGGUAGUGGCGGCGGAAGUCAGUGGGGUUCGUUCGGCCAGGCAGCACCUACCAGUCUGAGCAGUGGCUUUGGUGGCCAGGGUGGCAUGUUUGGCACACCCGGUGGCCAGCAGAGUGGGUUUCAUGGCGGGAUCGGAGGGGGAGGAAUGGGCGGUGGCUUCAGUGGUCAAGGAGGGGGUUUUCCUACUAGUCAAGCUCAAGCUGAUGGCUUUGGCACCAGUCAAGGUGGUUUUGGUGCCAGUCAAGGUGGUUUUGGCGCCAGUCAAGGUGGUUUUGGUGCUAAGAUGGGAGGUGGUAUGGGAGGACAGCAAUAUGGCCAGCCUCAACAACAACCACAGCAUCAGCAAUUUGCUGGAUGGCAACAGACGCCCCAACAGAACCCAUUUAUGGGUGGUGGCGGUGGUGGUAUGCCACAAAUGCAGCGACAGUCAAACAACCCCUUCAUGUAGCUGCAGUAUCGUCCAUGUGGAAUUAUAUGAUAAGAGGAGUACAGAGUAUGGUCAUGUCCCAUACCACUGACACAAGAAGUCGACUGCACAGGUGACAUUGAAGUAUUUGGGGGGGGGGGGGGAGAGUAGAAGAAGAUAAAUCUAUUCAAGCUGGUUUGACAACCAUUCUGGAAUAGAGAGUGUAAAAACUCUGAUUAGCAAGUUUAUGGCAGAGGAAAGCAGUGUAAGAUUUGUAUUUAGAGCCCUAUUAGAAAUUUAUGCGUUGAGAGAUUUCUAUAUCAAGCAAUGGGCCUGUGAACAAGGCUGUUUCGCUGAUUUUGUCGGGGUGCAAUGUUGCGGACUUAAAAGGCUCUAAGAAUUUAACCAUUCUGAAGGUCCACUCUGUGAUUUCUGUGACUUUAAAAUAAUUGAAUUUAGUCAACAAAUGAUAAAACUAUGGUCCUAGGUAGAAAUUUCGAGAUGUCAUUUGAAAUAAUAUGAUAACAAUCAUCAAAAAUGCAAAAUUAAUGGGAGGCUGUUUUUGUUUCUUUGAACUGCUAGCGACCGACUUCAAUCCACUGUGUAUUUUAUCCAUCCGUGAUUAGGAACCACUUAGACUUGCCUAUGGAACAUUCAUCUCAUAUUUCUAAACUUGAUAUAUAUUUUUUUUAAUUUAAGCUUUGAGCUUGAAAUUCAUUGAAUUUAUAUAUUUCAGCAUGAUAAAUGCUUCACUUACAGCAAUAAUACACUUACAGGUUACUAUAAUAAUCUGGUGCUUUGGCUUUCUAGAAUAUUGAAAAUAGUAUAAUUUAAGCUUGAAUCUGUUGUGGUUGCCAUGCCAACAAAGCUAGUACACACAGUGCUUGGUUCACCUUCAUAUUCAAAUCAAAGUUUUGAGUAAUCUGCUUUCCUCUUAUACGGAUUAAAAGCUAUUGAUAAUGCCCGUACAGUACAAUUGAUAUGUGAAUGAGACAUUAUUUUGUAAAAACAAAGUCAAAGGUUGAAGUGUUAAAGAUAGUUAUUUUCAUCAAUAGGAAAUUUACAUUUACGUAUUUUGAGCUGUAUGAGGUUCACAGAAAUCAAAUGCAGAAACACGGCUGUUGUAUACUAUUUGGUGCAAGGAAUUUCCUAGUUAUAUCUAUCCUGAUGAAUGAGAAUUCAUUGAUGAUUUGCUGUUUAUCGAUUUUCGAUAGGUAUCGCUGGUGAAGCUACUUCAUACUUUUUCAAUCGACUAGGGCCUUGCCCUAAAAAGCUAUAAAUAUGUUUUUUUUUCUAUGAAUAACUAUGCUUUUCCCUUAACCGUGUACAACAGUCCUAGUAAUUAUUUUUCACUUCUGACGGUGUGAAAUCAUUAGGCUCAUCCAGGUAGUCAGAUAAAUUUUAUGUAAUGCAUUUACGCUUUUGUUAAAACGUGAAUUAAAAAUUAUGAACGAUCA